AUGGGCAAAAUCCGACCGGAAGAACUAAAUGUUAAGGCUGAGGAUUGCAUGUUUAUUGUCCAAGAUGAUUAUCAAUUAAAACUUGAUAAUACAAAUAGUUUGAAAGAAUCUAAUCAUGCACUAACAUUAUCCAAAUUCAUUGAUAGCAAAACACUUCAAGCUUGUUUGUUAAAUGAUGAAAAACUAACAAUUGAAGCAGCUGUUCUAAUAGAUCGUAUUUACAAUAAUUCAGGAAUCUCAGUUGUAAUACCAUCCAGUAACUAUCGUCAAUCGUCUCCGGAUUGUAUGGUCGAUACGAUAUUUACUAAUAAACAUCAAUUAUCAGAUCUCGGUUAG